GGCGGGCGGCCCGGGUAGGGGGAGGCCUGUGGCGCUCCUCUGCUAGUCCCGGGCGCGGAGAGGAGGUGGCGUCCGCAGCAGCGGCAGCAGCGAAGCCGAAGGCGCAGGGCUUCGGGGGCUGAAGGGAGGAUCCCUGCAUAUUUUACAGACGAUUAUUCACAAAGGAUGGAGAGCCUGCUGUGAGAAGAAUCAUUUGUCUUUGCUUUGUGCCUGUGUUUGGAAGGACAUAGCUGUACUAAUUCUCCCAAGAUUGCCUCUGAAAGUUUGGACUCCUGUGUGUCUUCCAGUCUGGCUGUGUGUUUAGUAUGCGGAUUGCAACUCUUCACUAAUGAGAGGGAGAAUGGGAACCCAGGGCAGCCCUGUGAAGAGCUAUGAUUAUCUGCUCAAGUUCUUGUUGGUGGGAGACAGUGAUGUGGGCAAGGGAGAAAUCCUGGAGAGCCUUCAAGAUGGAGCAUCCGAAUCGCCUUAUGCCUACAGCAAUGGAAUUGACUAUAAGACUACAACAAUCCUAUUAGAUGGCAGAAGGGUGAAAUUGGAACUCUGGGAUACAUCUGGGCAAGGGAGGUUCUGCACCAUUUUCCGAUCCUACUCCAGAGGAGCUCAGGGAAUCCUCUUGGUAUACGAUAUCACCAAUCGCUGGUCUUUUGAUGGCAUAGACCGAUGGAUCAAGGAAAUAGAUGAGCAUGCCCCCGGCGUGCCCCGUAUCUUGGUGGGCAACCGGCUUCACCUGGCCUUCAAACGGCAAGUGCCAACGGAGCAGGCCCGGUCCUAUGCAGAGAAGAAUUGCAUGACGUUCUUUGAGGUCAGCCCAUUGUGCAACUUCAACGUGAUCGAGUCCUUCACGGAGCUGUCUCGUAUUGUGUUGAUGAGACACGGCAUGGAGAAGAUCUGGAGGCCCAACAGAGUGUUCAGCCUGCAAGACCUCUGCUGCCGCGCCAUUGUCUCCUGCACACCCGUCCACCUCAUAGACAAGCUGCCCCUGCCCGUCACCAUCAAGAGUCACUUGAAGUCUUUCUCCAUGGCUAAUGGCAUGAACGCAGUAAUGAUGCACGGCCGAUCGUACUCCGUGGCCAGCAGUGGGGGCGGCAGCAGCAGCAAAGGCAACAGCCUCAAGCGCCCCAAGUCGAUCCGUCCGCCACAGAGCCCACCGCAGAACUGCUCGCGGAACAACUGCAAGAUUUCUUAGCAAGUCAAUGGUGGGGCAUGGUGUCCUCCAGCUGCGCAUACCUGCACCUGCUCACUGAUGUACAGAUGUUUACACACACGUAACCCGUUCCUCUUGUCACUCUGACGACAUUGCCUGCAGGAUUGGCAAAGGGCUUGUGGGCCAGCACUGAGCUGGUGGGGUUCCAUGUGGCGAAGGCAGGGUGUGCCAAACCGACGUUCCUGGAAUGCAGAGAGUCUUUCCCCUUGCUCUGCUCCGGAGGGGAGACUUCACGGCUGCCUCAAGGGAACGUUUCUUCCUCACACUUGUAGGGGUGGAUGGGACUCUGUGCUGCAACUUUAACCUUUGGGUUCCCAAGUGGAUUGCUGGUGCUACAGUGCACAGUGACUCUAAGGCAAAAAGGAAUAGGGGCCAGGAGUUGGCCGAUUAAACAGAGGCAGAGUUCUGCAUUUAGCUGACAAAGACUGUGGCGCUGGGGAUCCUUCGGCAGCGGGCCACUUGACACUUUCACUUAUUUAUAAAGGAAUUAUCUCACUACUUUUAAAAGUUCUCUCUCCACCCUCCUUUUCUUGCUUUUUUAAAGGGAAUGCCAUUGGUGAAAAAUGUUAUGCCGCCUUGUAAAUAGAAGCACUGAACCUUGUUUCCCUGGGCUAAUUGGAGUAGGACGGGGUUUGAUGGGGUCAGGGGGGCAAAAUGAUCAAACACUCUGAGAAUGGUAUAAGAGGUGCAAGUUUGCUCUUGAGAGUUUCUUUUCUUUUAAUUUCUGUUUGUGCGAGGAGGGAGGAAUUAUUUCUUUUCUUGCCUUUUUCCCCUCUCAGACCUACAUUUUGCAGACAUUCCUUGUAGCAAGUGCAUGGCUUGGAUGAACCUCAAGGGCAGGGUCUUGAGUAGUGCUGCCUUGGGUGGGUAGGGAGUUCUGGCCACAUCUGGAAUUGGUCAGCGCCUGGUCAAGGGACUGCACUCGAGCCAUUCCUGCCUCCAGCAGCUUUGUGACGAAUGGCCUGGCAGUACCAAGUCACAAAAGAUCGCGGCUGGAAGGGAAGGAGAUCGCACCGCCAGAACAUGCUGCUCUUUUAUAGCUAGACAUAAUUCCUGGGUUAUCAGAGGUUUGAGGGUCCUUAAUUAACUUCUUUUGCGGCACGUUUUCUUGGCCAGGUAGAAGUACUUGCAUGCCAUGGCCCUCUUGCUUGGUAUUCAGCAGCUCACUCUGUAUUCCUCCUGGUCUUGCAGUAUUGCCAAGCAGCUUCUUUGAGCUGCGGAGCAAAUCAGGGAGCUCAGACAGCAAUCCAGGGUACGCUUACAUUUUCUAAUUUCUUAUGUACGUCUCUUCACUUUUCAGGAAUCAACAUAAGUCACCCAACACCGUAAAAGAAAAUCACUACAGGGGGAUGAGGUCUCUAUAGCAAAUGUAGGAAUUGGAUUCUGGUGUGUGUGGGGAGGGGGAAGACUUGGAAAGUGGAUUAGGUCAGGCCCCAAGCCCUCGAACCGAGACUAUUUACGGUCUGUCAGAGACCAGAAUUUUGCUAGGUACUGAGCUGAGCCACUUCCUUCAGUGCCCUUGUCAGUCCAUUUGGAUGUGUUAUUUCCUCAAAGCUUAGUUGCAACUUCUAUGAGCCAGGGGGUUCCCCGAAUUCAGAAAGCUCCUGGAAUUGCCCAUCCAGCUGUUUAUACACACUAGAGAGGUGAUUUAGUCUUAACUGAAAUUGCAGAUAGCAAGCCGGCAGGUAUCUGCACACCUGGAUGGCCUGGUCCCCGUUACCAUGCGUUAAUUCAAUACUUAACUUGAUAGCAAAUGAAGCAAAAGUGGAUGGAGGGCAGAUGACGAUCACCUACCUGCUUUAAUGAUGCAGCCUGGAAAUGGCAUUGAAUUAUUCACCCAUUUUCCCCCUCGGACCAGGUAAAUGGCUCUUCCCGGGUCACUCCCCACAACAGCAGCCACGUCUCUGGCAAGGGUUGCCCACCUGCCCUGUCGCAAUCUGAAAUGGGUGGUAUGAUGCUCGUCGCACAGCUGACUGCCCAUUUUGUUCAGGAACUUUUGACGGGAGCCUGGCUGGCACAGCCGCUCCUUAUUGAUUGCUCAGAGAUGGCUUGGCACACAGGAUAAGCCCAGGCCUGCUGCUGGCAUAAGCUCAAACAAGGCAGUGGGGACAGGUCAAGGGCAGGGGAAAGCCUUUAGCGGCAUCUCUUCAGGCUGUGAACAAAGCCGGAGCGAAAUCCGGGGCAGGAGCAUGGAAGCUUGGAGAUUUACUGGGCAUGUCUGCACAGCCAUGGCCACCUGUUGCCACUUGCUCAAAAUGGAGUAGGGGACAAUCACUGACUCAACGGCCUGGCAUUCUGGGGAUGUGCAGUGAACAGGUGAUCUAGAAGGCAGCCUGGUCAGCCAUCUUUCCACCCUUGGUUUUAAAAUAGCCACUUCCCAAAACAGCUAUAGAAUGUGCAUUGUUUUUUUUUUUCCUCUGAGGAAUACAGGGAGCCCCCCACCCACCCACCCACCCAUUUGACAGGCUGGAAAUCCUUCCUAUUGUUUCUCCAUCUGAUCAAGCUUGUACAUACUUCACAAGAGGUGGCCUGGAGGUUUUCUUAUUGGAGGGCAGAAGAUGCUGCAUGUUGAGAAACAGCUUUCAAUUACCUGCACUUGUUCUCUUUUCCUCCCUUCCCCUUAGUUGUACAUGUAAAGCCUCACCUAAAUAGCUGUCUUAAUUUUCUUGAUUUUUAAUCAUGGCAAAUUCUUUGGAACAAGAUUCUCUGGAAUGCCUGCCAAUCAAAGCUGAACUCGUAUCUUUAUUUUAUUAAUGUUCAACUCAAAAGAAUGUGAUCUGAUAUCAAACACUAGAAACUAGCUGCUGUCAAACACUUGUCCCAUUCCUCUGUUUUUAAUUCCUUUGUACAGUAAACGUUGUUAAACUGA